AUGGAUCCUGGUGCCUGCUGCUUUCGCUUCUGCUGUUCACAAUCUGGAACUGGGAGCGACCAGCUCCACUACUCCGUCCCCGAGGAGGCCAAACACGGCACCUUCGUGGGUCGCAUCGCGCAGGACCUGGGGCUGGAGCUGGCGGAGCUGGUGCCCCGCCUGUUCAGGGUGGCGUCCAAGGACCGCGGGGACCUUCUGGAGGUAAAUCUGCAGAAUGGCAUUUUGUUUGUGAAUUCUCGGAUCGACCGGGAGGAGCUGUGCGGGCGGAGCACGGAGUGUAGCAUCCACCUGGAGGUGAUCGUGGACAGGCCGCUGCAGGUUUUCCACGUGGAGGUGGAGGUGAGAGACAUUAACGACAACCCGCCUGUGUUUCCAGGGACCAAGAAGAAUCUCUUUGUUUCGGAAACGAGAGCUCUAGGCUCUCAUUUUUCACUAGAGGGCGCCUCGGAUGCAGAUAUUGGAACCAAUGCUCUUCUGACUUACAGACUGAGUCCUAGUGAGUAUUUCUCCCUGGAAGUACCAACCACAGAUGAGCAGGUAAAACCACUCGAACUAGUGUUAAAAAAACCUUUAGACAGAGAACUAACUCCAGAGCUUUACUUAGUGGUUAAAGCAACGGAUGGGGGCAAACCUGAACUCACAGGCACCUUGGAACUGCGUAUCACAGUGCUGGAUGUAAAUGACAAUGCACCAGUGUUUGACAGAGCAAUCCAUCGGGUGAAGCUGGUAGAAAAUGCAAGAAAUGGUACCCUGGUGAUGAGACUUAAUGCCUCGGAUUUGGACGAAGGUUCAAAUAGUCAAAUUCUUUAUUCUUUUGCAGCAGAUGUUUCCCCUAAGACCAAAGCCACUUUUCAUGUAGAUUCAGUAACUGGAGAAAUUAAAGUCAAUGGAAAAAUAGAUUUUGAAGAAACUAAUUUAUGGAAGAUUCAAGCAGAAGCAGUUGACGAAGGCAGUCCUCCAAUGUUUGGUCACUGCACAAUCUUAAUUGAAGUUCUGGACAUCAAUGAUAAUGCUCCCGAGUUAAUAGUAACAUCAUUAUCGCUCCCUGUUCAAGAAGAUGCUCCGGUGGGGACAGUUAUUGCUCUAAUCAGCGUGACAGACCCUGACUCUACUGUCAAUGGGCAGGUGACCUGCUCCCUGACUCCUCAUGUCCCCUUCAAGCUGGUGUCCACCUUCAAGAAUUAUUAUUCACUCGUGCUGGACAGCGCCCUGGACCGCGAGACCACAGCAGAGUAUCAGGUAGUGGUGACAGCGCGGGAUGGGGGCUCGCCCUCGCUGUGGACUACAGCCAGCGUGUCCGUGGAGGUGGCUGACGUGAAUGACAACGCGCCUGCGUUCCCGCAGCCCGAAUACACGGUGUUCGUGAAGGAAAACAACCCACCUGGCGCGCACAUCUUCACGGUGUCCGCGAUGGACGCAGAUGCACAGGAGAAUGCUUUGGUGUCCUACUCGCUGGUGGAGAGGCGAGUGGCCUCUGGACCAUGA